GUCAGCUGAAGCUGUCCAUCGAGGUGCAGGGCCGGAUCCUGGUGCUGCACAUCAUGGAAGCAAAAGGUCUGAUGGGGAAGGAGUACCGGACAUGCGACUCCUACGUGAAGAUGUCCAUUGUGCCAGAUGCUGACUGGAAAUGCAGGCAAAAGACGAAGACUGUGCCAGACAGCAAAAAUCCUGUCUUCCGUGAGCACUUUCUUUUCCCGGUGCAAGAGGAGGAUGAGCAGAAACGUCUCCUGGUCACAGUCUGGAACAGAGAGAGAAAUUCCAGACAGAGCGAACUGAUCGGCUGCAUGAGCUUUGGCGUGAAGUCCCUCCUGACCCCGGACAAGGAGAUCAGCGGCUGGUACUAUCUCCUCGGAGAGGACCUGGGCAGGACCAAGCACCUGAAGGUGGCCAUGCGGCGGCUGAAGCCGAGCACAGAACCAGCUUAACUAAAAAUGCCCACUUCUUGUUGGGGCAAUAGCGACUCCGGUGUCUCUCUUCAGAUUACGAUCCCUCGAGGAAGCAAUGGGUUUGGCUUCACGAUCUGCUGCGACUCCCCCGUCCGUGUGCAGGCAGUGGACUCCGGUGGCCCAGCAGAAAAGGCAGGUCUGCAGCAACUUGACACGGUGCUGCAGCUGAACGAGCAGCCUGUGGAGCACUGGAAAUGUGUAGAGCUGGCUCAUGAAAUCCGGAACUGUCCCACUGAGAUCAUACUGCUGGUCUGGAGGCUCGUCCCGCAGGUCAAGUCAGGACAUGAGGGCAUGAUCCGCAGAUCAUCCUGCAAGUCUGCCUACGACCUCCAGUCACCACCCAACAAGCGGGAGAAGAACAGCACCAUGCCUCCGCGGCCCGAGCAGCGCCGGAGCUGCCACAUACUAUAUGAUGGGAGCGAUGGGCUGGUGCUGAACAGCUGGGAGAGGUACACGGAGAUCGGCAAGCGGAACCAGAACACCAUGCCACCCCUGUCCCGGGUCCCCUCUGCUGCGGACCAGAACUACAUCAUCUUAGCGCCUUUGAACCCAGGGAGCCAGCUGCUGAGGCCUGUCUAUCAAGAGAAUAACGCUACGGUGGGUAAGGAGGCUGGAAAUGCAAGUAAAGGGAAAUCGCACAUGGGGUCUGGGAGAAAAUCCAGGCUGAUGAAGACUGUGCAGACGAUGAAGAGCCACGGGAACUACCAGAACUGUACCAUAGUGAGGCCGCACAUCCCGCACUCCAGCUACGGCACAUAUGUGACGCUGGCUCCCAAAGUGCUGGUGUUCCCCAUCUUUGUGCAGCCCCUAGAUCUUUGCAACCCAGCCCGGACUCUGCUUCUGUCAGAGGAGCUGCUUCUUCACGAGAGCAGGAGCAGGACUAUACAGGUGACCCUCUUUGUCUACUCUGAUCUGCUGCUCUUCACCAAGGAGGAUGAGCCUGGGCGCUGCAACGUGCUGAGGAACCCUCUCUACCUGCAGAGUGUCAGGCUCCAGGAGGGUGAGUGUUCAGAAGAUCGUAAAUUCUGCAUCCUUUACCUUGCGGAG